UGAACCGGGAACCAGGAAAUGAACAAACCUCUUCUUACUGAAAACCCAGCGGGCUCCCUGGGAAACGAGCAAGCGCCAUGGGAAACCGGCUAUGCUGCGGGGGAAACUGGAGUUGCACAUCCAUUUUCCAGAAGAAAAACAAAGCAGAGAGCCAAGUAAGACGCACAUCAAAGCAUCAGCAGCAAGAAGAGCUGCAGAAGAAUGGCACCAAGGGCCAUGAAACCACUGGACACACAUAUGAGCGAGUGUUACAACAGUCUGUAUCUCAAAGGAGAAGUCAAGCCCUUACAUCAGACAGCGAUUUGCAUUAUGCGGACAUUCAAGUGUGCACCUCUAUCCAGUCUCGCUCAGCUAGCGAGGUCAAACACCAGCAUUUACAAACUGCUACAGAGUAUGCCACCCUUCACUUCCCCCAGGGGACACCACACUAUGACAGCAAGAAUGGGACCUUGGUGUGAACUUUGGGGAAGGUGGACCAGUCUCAUCAUUUUACCACUACUCCUAUGGGAAGUAAUCUUCUGCUUUGAGAAAUUGGUGACAGCCCAGGGAUGUUACCUACUUGAUUUUUUUUUAAAGUCCUUGUAAUGGUGUGUGUCCCUUGUCUCUCCCUAGGACUCUUUGUUACUGUUAGUUUGGAGUUGUGGUUAGAUUAGCUAUGAAUGGAUGGAUGGAUGGAGUUCCACACAGAAAGGUAGGAGUGUGCAGGAGGUGGGUCUUCAACCCCUCCAGCAUUGCUUGGGCUCCCAAGUGCAGAAGGAAAAGGGUCCUAUCUAUGCACGUGGGCUUCAUUUAAUGACUUCUUUUGUUCACAGUGAAUCCAGAGCUGAAGAAUGGCUCUGGAAAAGCAUUCUGAGCUUUUUGCACACAGCCCAGGGACUGGCUUGGGCAAUUUCCUUAGUAGCUGGCCCUAGGGUUCCAGACAAAUGAGGUCAAGGGUGAGGCAGAAAGCCUUCCAAACCACCGGCCCCAAGGACUUCAACUCAUUGAUACUAACAGCCCGGAGAUGCCUGGAAACUCCUUUGGAUGAACUGAUGUUAGUUCUUGUCACUCAAAGCCACUAGAAUCAAUA